UGGCUCGAAGCAGCUGUCCACGCCACCAGCCACUUCCCAUGGCGUUGUUGCUGCAUCCAGUGGCGUGGAUUGUCUUGGCACAGAUCCCCCAGGCAAGCGCACUCUCCAAAUACCAAGGGCCAAAGCCGCCCUGGCCAUACAAGGGCUUCACGUCUUUUCCGGCCUUCUAUUUUGGCGCCAAUGAGAGCGGAGAAUGCUUCCUGGCUGCCCUUUGUGGCGCAACAUCAAGUGGCUGGCUGGGGGUGGCAGCAGAAUUUCCGCAGUGUGGGCCAAGACAGGUCUCCCUGGCUCAGAUGGCCACGCGAAUGGCCACCUACAUAGAGGUGACGCCGAAGACACCGGAGAAGCGCUUGCAGGCGAAGUUUGUCUACCGCCAUCUGGAAAUUGCAGAGUGGUAUUUCAUGACCUCUGCAGCCGCCUAUCAUGACCCGUCAAAUGCCGACCUCUUUCUGCACGACCGGGAGGGACGCCUGUGUUGGGACAGCUUUGGCAACACUGGUCCAUAUUGGAACUUCAGCAAUCCUCGUGUGAGUGAUUGGAUUCUGAACGAAGUUGCAUCAGAGAUUGGACGAGAGGCCAAUGUCCAAGCCGUCUUUUUUGAUGAAACGGAUUACCUCUACUGUGGAGGGACCGCUGGAAACUGCAGUGCAGAUGUUCAUACUGGAGAGGAGGGCUUGGCCCAAUACCGUGCAAAGCUGCAGCUGCUGAGAAGCUUAUCCCUGACUUUGAAUCGCAAGAAGGUUUGGCCCAUUUACUCCAGUUACAAUGGCUAUUCGGAUUUGCCGUGGCGAAAAUGUUUGAUGCCCUUUGAUGAGUACUUUAAUGUGCUGCAAGAUGUUGGUUGGAUUCGUUUCUAUGAGUUUGGCAUUGGAGCAACGUCCCCGAGUGCAGCCUGGGAUAGUCAGGCCACACUGGCACAGGCCAUGCGCGAGUCAGAGUUGGGACUGCCUGUGAUGGUGCGAGCAACGCCACAAGCGAAUGCCAAGUCGGGUGCCUCCCUUCCAUUGGGCCUGUUCCUGCUAGUGCAGAAUGACUACUGGUACUUGGGAAUUUCAACUGGGUGGCUUUCUGAAAACUGGCAGUGGUGGCCGGAAUAUGACAAGCUCUAUGGCUCUCCGUUGGGCCAACCUGAGCUGAAAAGCGAUGGGUGGCACCGGAGAUUUCAGAAAUGCCACGUGUUUGUGAGCACGGACCUGACUCAUGCCAACGUGACCUUCACUGACAUUGUAAGCCUUUGA